UGCUACUUUAGUUACUGUACGUUCUUAUAGAGAUAAGGUUAACCUCCACCCCUCAAUAUGGAAGUUAUCAUAUCUCCUUAUCUCUAUAGUUCUUGAGUUUCAACCAGUGCUUGGUAUUCUUCUUCUUCUUUCCAUUUUCAUGUUCUUCUCUUGCGCUUUUAUUUUUUCUAUUGAAACACGAUGGGGAACGUACUUUCAAACGGCUUUCAAGCUGCAACAAGUUUUUUUCUUGAGAAGGCCAAGUAUAUACUCGAACUGGAAGAUAAUCUUGAGGCUUUGCAAGAGGUUGCGAGACGCCUCAAAGCAAUGAAGGAUGACUUGCAGAACCAACUCGAGAUGGAAGAACGAAAAGGUUUGCGAGCGCUAGAAGAAAUUAAGGUAUGGCUUUCAGAAGUCAAAGCCAUCCAACCAAAGGUCACUAAACUGCUUGAAGAUAGGACUUCAGAAAUCGAAAGAUUGUCUAUGUACGGGUACUGCUCCAGCAACUUCCUUUUAACAUAUCAUUAUGGUAAAAAUGUAUUUGAAACGUUGGAGAAAGUACGAAGUAUUUUGUCCUCAAAACCUUGUGGCGAGGUGGUGGCUAGGAGGAUUCUUCCACCUGGUGUAAAUGAUAUAGACACUCAACGCACAGUCGGUUUAGAGAAGACGCUCGAAGAUGCAUGGAGCCUUCUCAUGGAGAAGGAAGUUGGAAUCUUGGGUAUUUACGGUAUGGGUGGAAUAGGGAAGACCACACUUCUCAAACAAAUCAAUGAGAAGUUACUUGAAAAAAAAGAUGAGUUUGGGGUGGUGAUAUUUGUAGUGGUGUCUCAAAACCUACAAGUUGAAAAGAUCCAAAAGGAGAUCGGUAAAAGACUAGGCCUCUGUGACGAGGAGUGGGAGAAAAAAGACCAAAAGGAGAAAGCCACUUGUAUAAAAGAAGUUCUUACAAGUAAAAGAUUCGUUAUGUUGUUAGAUGACAUAUGGGAGAAAGUGAAACUACAAGAGAUUGGGAUUCCAUUUCCCUCAGCAGAUAAUGGAAGCAAGGUUGUGUUUACCACUCGCUCGAAAUACGUUUGUGGGCGUAUGGGAGCUCAUGACUUGGAAGUCAAGCAACUAGACCAGAAGAAUGCUUGGGAACUAUUCCGGCAGAAAAUUAGAGGUACCACACUAGACAGUGAUCCAAAGAUCCUCGAGCUAGCAAAACAAAUAUGUGAGAAAUGUAAAGGCUUACCACUUGCACUCACCGUUAUUGGGGAAACAAUGUCCUACAAAACGUCAGUACGUGAGUGGCAGUGUGCGAUUGAUGAUCUGGAUUCAAAUGCCGACAACUAUCCAGAAGUUAGAGAUGAGAUUCUUAAAAUUCUCAAGCUUAGCUAUGAUGAUCUUAAGGACGAGACAUUACAGCAAUGUUUCCAGUAUUGUGCUUUAUUUCCAGAAGAUAAAGAAAUUUAUAAAGACGAGUUGGUCGAGUACUGGGUAUCCGAAGGGAUCAUAGAUGGAGAUGGAGAGAGAGAAAGAGCUAUGAACCAGAGUUAUAAGAUAAUCGGUAUCCUCGUUAGUGCAUGUCUAUUGAUGCCUGUUGACACUUUAGACUUUGUAAAAAUGCAUGAUGUGAUUCGCCAAAUGGCUCUUUGGGUUGCGUCUAAUUUUGGGAAAGAGGAAGAGAAAUUUAUCGUCAAGACAGGUGCUGGACUGCAUCAGAUGCCUGAGGUUAGGGACUGGAAUGCGGUGAGAAGGAUGUCACUGGCAGAAAAUGAGAUUCAGAACAUCGCCGGGGAUGUAUCCCCGGUGUGUCCUAACCUGACCACAUUGUUGUUAAAAGACAACAAGCUGGUGAACAUCUCAGGUGAUUUUUUUCUAUCGAUGCCUAAGUUAGUGGUUUUGGAUCUAUCUAACAACAAAAAUCUAACCAAGCUGCCAGAAGAGGUUUCAAAGUACUUUUUUAAGUCUGGAGUUGAUAGAGGAUAUAAAGUUACUGAAGAAUUUGAAAGGCUUGGGGUAAGUAUCAAUGAUGUGGUUGUUUUAGAACGUCUUUUAAGUAUCCCCAAAUUGGCUAGAUGUAUCGAUGCUAUAUCUCUGGAUGGAGUUGUAGCAAAAGGCGGUCCGUUGCAGUUUGAAACGGCUAUGACUGGCCUUCGCUAUAUCAUGAUAGAAAGGUGUAUCAUCUCUGAUAUAAUGGAUCAUACGAGAUAUGGAUGCACAAGUACAAGUGCCAUAUGCUUCCAAAACCUCGGCUAUGUCAACAUAUCUGUCGUCAGUGGUAUACAGGAUUUGUCGUGGUUAAUCUUUGCUCCGAAUCUUGCGAUUGUAUUCCUAGAGGGGCCAUCACCGGAGUUGCAAGAAAUUAUAAGCAGAGAAAAGGUCUGUGGUAUACUAAACAAGGGGUCGAGUAUUGUACCGUUUAGAAAACUACAUACGAUUUACUUAGAAGAUUUGGAGGAACUGAAGAGUAUCUACUGGGAACGGUUGGAAUGGCCAAGUCUAAAGAGAAUGGAAAUAAAAUACUGUCCAAAGCUGAAAAAGCUUCCAUUAAGCAAGGAGAGGGCAUACUACUUUGACCUACAUGAAUACAAUGAAGAAUGGUUUGAAACACUUGAGUGGGAAGAUGAAGCUACUGAAGAAUAGGUGGAUCAAUCCGUAGUCAGUGUUUAUCGUACAUCCCUCACUUCACAUCAUGCUUUGAUAUUCUCAGGUUCGCUCUCCAAAUGGACAUACAACUACACAUCUCAAAGCUUCUGAGACAACCCAUUUGUUGAGUUGCAACGUUUGUCUUCAGCUCUCCUGUAAUUGUAUCGUAUUAUCUUUUCUCAUGUUAUGAUUUUUUUGAAAUUUGGUGUGAAGAAACUUGUGUGCGCCUUGUGUGUUUUUCUUUUCUUCUUUCUGAGGCUUUAUAGACACAAGUGUGAGUGAUACCUCAAAACACUUUGUACCAAAAUUAAAUAAAAUUGUUGUGUGAUGCUGUAUGA